AUGCGAUAUCCAUCUUUCGUCUUUGUCACCGUCGUUCUUGCUUUUGUAAAUGUUGCACUGAAUGCCAACGCCCAGCAGUAUAGGGAUUGUGCUUCAGGCCUCUCAAACAUUAAUAGCUACGUGAGUAGUGUGGAAUCCCGAGUUAAUGGUUGGCAGCCUUCUGACGGCUAUGGUGCUGCCCUUAAAGUCCACACAACGGAGCAAAAGCUCGAAGAUCUUAUCGUCGAAACAACGAGUACAUGUGACCUUGGAGGGCAAACAUCGUCAAGCCAUGCAGACACCAUAUUGGGUGAAAUGGAUUCCCUUGUUCCCAACAUUGAGAAUGCGCUUAGGGCAGUGGUUCAAAAGAAACCUGCCUUUGACUCUGUGCCGUUGGUUACUCGUUUAGUGACCGCUGAUGUACAGAGCCUAUUUGUCAAGACUUAUUCGUUGGAAAACAAGUUGCUCGCUGCCAUGCCUGAUUCAAGAAAACAAGAGGCCACCGAGUAUGUCAACCGCAUUAACUACGCCUUUUCGGCAGCAUACCACGCUUAUGGUCUUUACUAG